AUGCCAGCGCCUCAAACAAAUUCGACCAGCGAGUCGACUUUGUCUGAAGCUCGUCCAGCUCAGGAUAUUGAGAAGGUCGAUCACACAUCACCACCAUCGGCAACAAAGGCUGUCACCAAUGAACCUCCCGAUGGAGGCCGUGAUGCUUGGUUGGUCACCUUUGGCAGCUGGUGGGCCCUCUUCAUAGCCUUCGGCUGGACGAACUCUCUUGGUGUGUUUCAGAAUUAUUACGAGAAAGAACUACUGAGCGCUUACUCUGCAUCCACAAUCGCUUGGAUCGCAUCCACUCAGAUCUUCAUGAUGUAUGGUGGCGGCAUUGUCUUGGGCAAGGUGUUCGAUCACUACGGACCUCGAUGGCUACUGGUUGUCGGCGGGUUUGCCCAUGUGUUCGGCCUGAUGAUGACCUCUAUCUCCAAGGAGUAUUAUCAGAUAUUCCUGUCGCAAGCUGUUUGCAGUGCUAUAGGUGCUAGCGCCAUCUACUAUGCCUGUCUGGGCUCACUUGCCAGUUGGUUUCGGGCGAAACGCGCAACAGCUUUUGGAAUUGCUGCCUCUGGUGCCUCCAUUGGUGGUGUUGUUUUCCCUGUGAUGGUCGACCGUCUCAUCGACCAAGUUGGCUUCGGCUGGACUAUGCGCGCGGUCGCCUUCCUCAUUCUCGGUGGUCUUGUCAUAGUCAAUCUUACUGUGAAAUCGCGGCUGGCUCACGAACCAAAGCCUAUUCAUAUUCGACAGUAUAUCAAGCCUUUCACCGAGAUCCCGUUUCUACUUCUGGUCAUCUCGUUAUCGCUUUUUUCGUUUGGACUAUUCCUACCAUUCAACUUUAUUACUGCUCAAGCACAGACGCUCGGCAUGUCCCCGGCAUUGGCAAAUUAUCUUGUCGCAAUUCUCAAUGCAACCAGUGUUUUCGGUCGUAUCAUUCCCGGUCUGAUCGCCGACCGGGUGGGUCGCUUCAAUGUCAUGUCUGUGGCAACCCUAGUUUCGGGUAUCCUAACCUUCGCACUGUGGCUCCCCGGCCGCUCGAACGUCGCAAUUAUCCUAUAUGCCGCAUUCUUCGGUUUCUUUUCUGGCGCUUAUGUCUCCUUAACACCAGCGCUUAUUGCCCAGUUGUCUCCUAUCGAGGAGAUCGGCAUUCGUACAGGAGCGCUAUACUUUUUCGUGUCAAUUGCUGUGCUUACGGGAAGUCCAAUUGCCGGAGCGCUAGUUUCUGUCGACAAUGGUAAUUAUGGAUAUCUGGAGAUUUUUGCAGGAGCCACAAUGUGUGGCGGUGCUGUGCUAGUCGUCUUCACUCGUGUUGUGAAAGGCGGAUUCAAGUGGGCUGUUUUGUAA